AUGGCCAGCAUCGUGGAGAGAGACAGCCAAAGAAAUGAGCACGCUAAACAGCAGCAUAUUCAUGAGGCUAUGAGAGAGACCAAGGACCAACAGAAAAUGGACAUCAUGAAGUUGAAUCUGAUGAUUAACCAAGCAGAAGAACAAAUGGUGAAGUUACGCAAACGGUACGAAGUUGCUGUGCAAAAUCGUAAUGAGCGAGGCUUGAAAUUAAUCGAACGUGAUGAAGAAGUAUGCAUCUUUUAUGAGAAGGUCAACAUUCAGGAUCAGAUGAUACGAAAUGGUGAGGUGGAGAUGAAGGCCAGGGAGGAAGAGAUUAGGUUUUUGAAGAUGAAGCUAGCUGAAGAGAAACGUAGCAUGGGUCUACUGUCCAAGUCCUUGCCUGAGAAACGAAAACUGGGUGGGGAGUUGGUGGACCUUCAGAUUGAGUUGCAAAAGAUUCAAGAUCAUCUUCUGACUCUGGAGAAGAACCUGGAGAAUCCAAAUGAUGACAAACGGGUCAGAUAUAUUGAUGGAAAAGAUCCAAGUCCACCUGAGAUGCAGGCAAAGAUUGAAGAGCUGGAACUGAGACUAGCAGAAACUGAGGAACAACUGCUAGAAAAGGCACUGAUCUUUGAACAGACCAACAGAAUUGUAGGUAGAAUCAAAGGCAAAGCAGAAAGUGGCAAAGAAGAUACUUUGAAUUUAGCCAAAAAUGUCAACGAAGUUCAGAGUCGAAUCAAAGAUACAACUCGCAAGAUGAUGGCCUUGGUCUCUGAGCUGUCCAUGAAUCAAGCUAAUGCCAUGAAACUUCAACAAAAGCUAAAAGAAAAUGAGGUAGAAUUAGAACAGUGUUAUAUAAGAAUGGAGAAGGGUGAACCACCAUCAGACGUGAUUGAUCAGGACUGGUUGAGAUUCUUACGAGAUCAAGAACGCCGAGCUUAUGAGAAAGAAGAAAGAAUGAUAGCUGAAGAGGAAGGAGAACAAUACAAAAUUGCUGGAGGUCUUUAUACUACAGCUGAUCCUCGUCCUAAUGCUUAUAUUCCUGAUGAUGAUGAUCUGCCUAUUCCACGACCCUACGGUUCACAUGCUCCAUUUAAACCGGUUGAACCAGGUUCUUCGAUGAGACACAUUCGUAAACCAAUACCUAAACCAAUUGAAAUAUAG